AUGGAUACUCACAAUGCCAGGCAGAUCACACUCUUUGUUAAGCACUCAUCGGAAGGGAAGAUAGCAGUUCUCAUUGUAUAUGUGGAUGACAUCAUUCUCACGGGUGACAAUAAAGAUGAAUUGUUCAAACUCAAGACACUACUUGCCAAGGAAUUCGAAACCAAGGAUCUUGGAAACCUAAAAUAUUUCCUUGGAAUGGAAGUAACUCGAUCAAGAAAUGAAAUUUCAGUGUCACAGCGGAAAUAUGUGUUGGAACUUCUUAGGGAGACAGGCAUGCUUGGGUGUAAGCCAGCUGAGACGCCUCUAGACUCAAGUACCAAACUUGGAGCAAAGGAAGGAAGUACUCCAGUGGAAAAAGGGCGAUACCAGAGACUUGUAGGGAAGCUGAUUUAUCUCUCCCACACUAGACUAGACAUUGGGUUUGCAGUUAGUGUGGCAAAGGACAUUGAAGUGUUUGCAGAUGCCGAUUGGGCUGGAUCUAUAACUGAUCGGAGGUCUACCUCUGGUUAUUGCACAUGUGUGGGGAAACUUAGUUACUUGGCGAAUCAAUAUUCUAUUCUUAUCAUUUUGGUAUCAGAGCUCACUUUUCUGGGCAUGGCUGAAGAGGAAUUCGACUAG